GAAUUCAAAAUCUGCCAAAAUGGAGAUGCCCAAUUUGUAGCAGUUGUGGAAGACUGGGAGGUACGUAGAAGGCAUGCAAACUUUUCCUCGCAGCGACUGUUUCUACGGUACUGGAAAUUCCAGUGGGAGGUCAAGUGGGAGAAGCGUCUCUAGUGGACUAAGGGGAGGAAGCAGCGGUAGUGUGGUGAGAAAUGAUGGGGAAGCUUCUUCAAGGGGAUGCAAAACAGGGAAGCUUCUGCUGCAUUGACCAAGCGUAAUAGUGUGGGGAAAUGGGAGAAAUAUAAAAGAGUUUGGUUGAACAGCCACGGGUGUAAAACGAGGGGCAUUGACUUGGGUAGGGGAGGGAAGAGUAGAGGGGCGUUUCAUGGUAAAGCCGUUUGACCAUCAAUUCGCCUUUUUUAAUUGGAUGUAAAGAGUAUUCUUCAAGAGUAUUCUUCCUCUUGCCCUCUUCUCCUUCCUCUCUGCUCUCACUUCCAUCACACGGCUCCACGAGAGAGGCGCAGCAACGGUUGGUAUUUCUUGGUCGAGCGAAGAGAUUUGGAGGGGUAGGUGAAGCAAAGUUCAGAGAGAGAGAAAGAGGUUCGAGCUUGUCCCUCUAAAGCUAUGAUCGUCGAUCUCGCAUGAUGAGUUGGUGGAAAGCCAGCGGAAAGAGUCGUUCUUCUUCUUCAAAUUCUAUACAGUCACCAACUUCUUCCGCUUCUUCUGCUUCUUCUCCCUUCUCACCCAGUCGAACAUGGAGCCCCAAGGACGGUGGAAGCUUCAAAAACGGCUGGGGACAGAACCAGCCCCGCAAAAGGCUAACCAGGCAGCGGAAACUCAGAUACCUCACUGACGCGGAAGCCGGUCUUCCCUCACCGGCUUCCGGUUCCCAGACGUCGACCGUGGUUGAGAUGUCUUAUCCGGAUACAGCGCUGCCGUCACCGGAGUCAUUUGGAUACUCACGUGCGGACUCCAGUAGUACCUGGCCAUCCAAUUCAAGUUGCUGGCGUUUGCCUUCUCCUGGCCAAUCAGAAAGAACCCAUCACCGUACUUCCGCGUCUGACUGCAAUUACGAAAACGGCAGUUCACUUGGUUUGGCGACAAUUCAGAAGAGAACAUUUCAUGUUUAUGCGCGAUCUUAUGGAUAUCCUCUGGAGCACACUAAGGAGGUCGAUGUUCAACACUCCACUUACAAGGUGCAUCAUAUCGACACGCCAGAUGUCAUUGCAAAAAGUGCUCCUUCUAGUGGCUUGUCGAGCCCCAACCAAAGUCCUCGCAGAUUAAGUACUGGAGACCGUUUUCUGUCUUCUUCGGGAUAUGGUGAAGAAUUGCACGCUUACCAUCCUAGGGAGAAUCCCUUUCUAUUUCACGAUCUAUCUAAUAGCCUUCCUCCUCAAGGUAUAGGGGGAACAGUUUUACCCGUUCCAGGCCACUCUUUCCAUCAUAGCCCUGGAAGGAAAAUAACUGUCUCCAUAUCUCAAAAUGGACUAACUUCUGCAACGAGCUCAAAAAUGUCUCAGGAGAGCUCCCCUGUUGUGCCUGAGGUUAGCAAUGUCCACCCGCUACCACUUCCUCCACCAGCUGCAGCUUCUAGGUCUUCUUCUUCUCUGCAAGUAGUUGCAUCUUCUAAGUCAUCAUCUUCUUCUCCACAACCACCUGCAUCUUGUAGGCCAUCAUCUUCUUCUCCACAAUCAUCCUCUAGGCCAUCAUCCUCUUCUCCACAACCACCUGCAUCUUCUAGGCCAUCAUCUUCUUCUCCACAACCAGCUGCAACUCCAAAUUCAUCAACAAGGACAGCCUGGCAAAAGAAAUCUAUCAUUGGGUGUGGUACAUAUGGGAGAGUUUAUCGUGCUAUUAACAGUGAGACUGGUGCAACUUGUGCAAUGAAAGAAGUCUGUCUAGCUCCAGAUGAUCCCAGUUCUGCUGAUAGCAUAAAACAUUUGGAAAAGGAAAUAGAAACUCUUAGCCAACUUAAACAUCAUAACAUUGUGCAGUAUUAUGGAAGUGAAGUGGUUGAGGACCACUUCUACAUAUAUUUAGAGUUUGUGCAUCCUGGUUCAAUCACAAAAUUUAUUCAAGAGUCUGGUGGGUCUCUUCCUGAAGCUGUCGUUCGCAACUUCACUCGUCACAUACUUUUGGGCUUGGCAUACUUGCACAGCAAAGAUGUCGUACACAGGGAUAUCAAGGGUGCGAACCUAUUGGUUAACGAUCGUGGUGUUGUUAAGCUUGCAGAUUUUGGGAUGGCAAAAUAUUUGAGCGGGCAGCCUACACCACUGUCUUUGAAGGGAUCUCCAUAUUGGAUGGCACCAGAGUUACUGCAGAAAGAAACUGGGCAGCACCUUGCCGUUGAUAUUUGGAGUUUGGGUUGUACUAUCAUUGAGAUGAUCACAGGGAAACCCCCAUGGGGUGAUUUACCGGGGGCAGCAGCAAUGUUCAAUGUCAUGAAAAGUAAAGUCCCACCUAUUCCUGAAACUCUGAGUUCCAAAGGCAAGGAUUUUCUUCGUUGUUGCCUGCAAAUUAACCCAGAGGAAAGGGCAACAGCAAUGGAGUUGCUUGAGCAUCCAUUUUUAGAAAACCCACUUCAUCAGCAAAUUUCCAGUUAUCAUCAGACGGUUUUAGACAACACAAAGCUGGAUAUUGCAAGUAAAUCAAGGGAUAGAGCCAAUCGAGCUACUAACAACAAAGCAACAUUUCCGAGAAUGUAGGGGGCAAAAACAGCAGACAUCACAAAGUGAGCGUAACCUUGGUCAUGUUGCACAUUCCGGCAGCCAAUCAACUCCAUGUCGUUCUCCUCAGCAUACCUUUGAGAAUGUUUCUAUUUUGUCUCCCCCAACAAUUGGAUGACACCAUAUAAUCUUGACCUUACUGCAAUUUUGUUGUGGAGAGAAUCACGGAGGGCAAGAAUAAUGAGAAUUGACAAUGUGUGAGGAUGGUUUGACAACUGAAGAAAUCUAAAUUCCACAGAUCUGAAAAACAGAACGGAAGUUACAGUUAGCUGAUACAGGCCCUGACUUGGAGCCUGAUGCUACCAUCUUUGAAAGGCAUGUGGAUGUGUGACUUGCAUCUAUUUUUUACUUAUGCUGAAAAAGUGCAAGAUCAGCCACUGCAGACGGUAAGGCUAUGGAGGAUUGGCAGUUUUUUGUGAGUCUAGUUUGUUCCCUAGUGUACAGUAACAUCUCUCAGUCCUAAUCCACAUAUCUGUGUUCUAUUAGUUUUGGUGACGGCUAUUGUAUGUUGUAAGUAACAAGUUUGGAGGUCAUUGAAAAUAAGAGAGCUAUUACCUGCUUCUUCUA